AAGACUCUGCUUCUGUUUUUUUUUGUUUGUUUGUUUUUGUUUUUUUUUAAUGUUUCCUUGAAAUCUCACCUUAGCAUCUAAACAGUGGUGCCUACAGGUUUCCCCAUUAACUUCCUCUCUGGGAACAGAAUAUUCCCCUCCCCACCUAAGUUCAGCCGGAAGGAGAUGCCUCAUACCCCCACACCCAGGCUUCCCAGUGCUGAGAACAAAGGAAGCCAGUUCAGUUAGCAUUUCCUGGCUAGGAACUGGGGGCCAGCAGUGCAACUGAGACCAGCCCUGUUCCUGGGGGAGACUCAGCAGUGCUGGCCAAUUUGCAGAGCCCCGUCUGGGUCCCCCAUUCUAGCCCCCCAGGGCCACAGCAUCCCCUUCUCCCCACAGGCCUGGGUAAGGUGCAGUCCCCAGACUUCUGCAAUCUUAACCGCUGUGCUUCCGUCUCAGUGGGAGGCCCCGCCUUUCCCCCUGCCUGCCCUUUGGGCACCUCAGGAAGGCACCUUCCUCUGUCAGAAUGGCCACCAUAGUACCAUCCGUAUCGUGGCCCGGGGCCUGCUGGACUCUGCUGGUCUGCUGUCUGCUGACCCCAGGUGCCCAGGGGCAGGAGUUCCUGCUGCGGGUGGAGCCCCAGAACCCUGUGUUUCCUGCUGGAGGGUCCCUGUUGGUGAACUGCAGUACCGAUUGCCCCAGUUCUAAGAAAAUCAUCUUGGAGACGUCCCUAUCAAAGGAGCUGGUGGGCAAUGGCACGGGCUGGGCAGCCUUCCAGCUCAGCAACGUGACUGGCAACAGUCGGAUCCUCUGCUCAGGGUACUGCAAUGGCUCCCAGAUAACAGGCUUCUCUGACAUCACCGUGUACAGCCUCCCGGAGCGCGUGGAGCUGGCACCCCUGCCUCUUUGGCAGCCGGUGGGCCAGAACUUGACCCUGCGCUGCCAAGUGGAAGGUGGGUCGCCCCGGACCAGCCUCAUGGUGGUGCUGCUCCGCCGGGAGGAGGAGCUGAGCCGGCAGCCAGCAGUGGGGGAGCCAGCAGAGGUCAAUACCACUGUGCUGACCAGCAGAGAGGACCACGGAGCCCAUUUCUCAUGCCGCACAGAACUGGACAUGAAGCCCCAGGGGCUGGAACUCUUCUGGAACACCUCAGCCUCCCGCCAACUCCGAACCUUUGCCCUGCCGGUGACCCCCCCGCGCCUCGUGGCCCCCCGGUUCUUGGAGGUGGAAAAGUCGUGGCCGGUGACCUGCACUCUAGACGGGCUUUUUCCAGCCUCAGAGGCCCAGGUCUACCUGGCGCUGGGGGACCAGAUGCUGAAUGCGACAGUCAUGAACCACGGGGACAUGCUAACGGCCACAGCCACAGCCACAGCGCGCGCAGAUCAGGAGGGUGCGCGGGAAAUCGUCUGCAACGUGAUCCUAGGGGGCGAGAGACUGGAGGCCCGGGAGAACUUGACGGUCUUUAGCUUCCUAGGACCCAUUCUGAACCUGAGCGAGCCCAGCGCCCCCGAGGGGUCCACAGUGACCGUGAGCUGCAUGGCUGGGGCUCGAGUCCAGGUCACGCUGGACGGAGUUCCAGCCGCGGCCCCGGGGCAGCCAGCUCAACUUCAGUUAAAUGCUACCGAGAGUGACGACGGACGCAACUUCUUCUGCAGUGCCACUCUCGAGGUGGACGGCGAGUUCUUGUGUAGGAACAGUAGCGUCCAGCUGCGUGUCCUGUAUGGUCCCAAAAUUGACCGAGCCACAUGCCCCCAGCACUUGAAGUGGAAAGACAAAACGAGACACAUCCUGCAGUGCCAAGCCAGGGGCAACCCGUACCCCCAGCUGCGGUGUUUGAAGGAAGGCUCCAACCGGGAGGUGCCGGUGGGGAUCCCGUUCUUCGUCAAUGUAACACAUAAUGGCACUUAUCAAUGCCAAGCGUCCAGCUCACGAGGCAAAUACACCCUGGUCGUGGUGAUGGAUAUUGAGGUUCCGAAGUCCCACUUUGUCCCUGUCUUCUUGGCGGUGUUAGUGACCCUGGGCGUGGUGACUGUCGUAGUGGCCUUAAUGUACGUCUUCAGGGAGCAUAAACGGAGCGGCAGGUACCAUGUUAGGCAGGGGAGCACCUCUCUGCCCCUCACGUCUAUGCAGCCGACAGAGGCAAUGGGGGAAGAACCGUCCAGAGCUGAGUGACGCUGGGAUCCGGGGUCAAAGUUGGCAGGGGCUUGGCUGUGCCCUCAGAUUCUGCACCAAUAAAGCCUUCAAACGCCCUAA